AUGGCUCCUAGGCACGAUGGCUCGGCUCUGCCCCCAGCGUCCGAGGCCGUAAAUGCCUCUAAAUACCAGUUUCUGGGAGCACAAUUUAUCAUCAUCAUCAGGGUGCUGGGCCAGACACCCACCAAAGAGGAGCUGGACGUGUUCAUAGAGGAGGUGGACGUGGAUGGCAGCAGAUCCUUCGACUUCGAGGAUGCCUAUGGAGAAAGCGAGGACGAGCUGGCCGUGUUCUUCAGCGACGAGUUAGCAAGCGAGGAGGAGCUGGCCGAGUGCUUCCGCAUCUUUGACAGGAAUGCCGAUGGCUUCCUGGACACAGAGGAGCUGGCUGAGUUUUUACGGUCAUCUGGAGAGUCUGUCACUGAAGACGAGAUUGAGGAGCUCAUGAAGGACUUCGACAAAAACAAUGAUGGCCGGAUCGACUUUGACGAGCUCCUGAAGGUGAGGAAGGAAUUGCAGUAA